AUGAUUGAAAUAUCUGAAGAUCAAUCAGAAGCAAAUAAAAUUCUUGAAACAUUUAUCAUUGUUUGGCUAGAUGCAAAUGUUAAUAAAACAAAAGAUAACGAAGAGACAUAUAAAGCUUUACGUAGGAGUAUUAAUUAUCUUAAAACAUUUGAUAAUAUGCAAGAAAGUGAAACUUAUAUUCAAAGUAUUCAUCGUGAGAAAAUUAUUUUAAUUGUAUCUGGUGGAUUUGGUAUGGAAAUUGUAUCAUGA